UGAGCUGGUUGAACAAAAGAGGUGAAUGUGGAUACAACUUGAGUUUGAGUCUUACGAGUAAUUUAAGAAAAGAGGAAAAAAAAUAUCUGUUCAUAGAUACAAUAACAUGACAUUAUUGGAUAAAUAAAGCACAACAAUGAAUGAUCUCUUCUCGGGUUCUUCCCCUCGUCGUCAACGGGACAAUCAGUCGGUCGAGAUGACCGGCACCGGCGGCGGAGUGGAUCUCGACCAGUUCUUCGCCGACGUGGAGGUGAUCGAUAAUGAUCUCCGGGAUCUCGAUCAAACCCGCUCCCUUCUCUGCACCUCCCACGACCGCAGCAAGACUCUCCAUAACGCUCGGAAGUUGAAAGAUCUCGCCCCCCUUUACCUGCGGCUGCAAAGGUCCCGCAACUGGUUCCGGUUUGAGCAGUUCCAGGCCGACCUCCGCGACCUGGCCAGGUUGCGCCGGUUGGCCUGGCAGGGCCCGACGCCAGGCCCGUCAAGCCGGCUGGCCUGGUCCUGCAGCCACCACUUGCCCGACUCCUUUUUCGAGGCCCUGAGCUACCGGGUCAAGUGCGAGCUCCGGGAGAAGAUGGCGGCGGAGCACCGGGAGACGGUGGAGAGGAGGUAUUACACGGUGACGGGGGAGAGGGCGGAGGAGGCGGUGGUGGACGCGCUGAUCUCGACGGGGCAGAGCGAGACCUUCGUGCAGAAGGCGAUCGGGGAACAGGGGAGGGGAGAGGUGAUGGAGGCGGUGGCGGAGAUCCAGGAGCGGCACGCGGCGGUGAAGGAGGUGGAGAGGAGCUUGAAUGAGCUGAAUCAGGUGUUCGUGGACAUGGCGGUGCUGGUGGAGAGGCAAGGGGCAGAUCUGGAGGGCAUAGAGAGUCACGUGAACAGGGCGAGCAGCUUCGUUCGGGGUGGAACUCAGAAUCUGCAGGUCGCCCGGAAGCGGCAGAGGAACACGAGAAAGUGGGCUUGCGUCGGGAUCGCAAUCCUGCUCCUCAUCAUCUUCAUCCUUGUUCUCUCCCUUCAGCCAUGGAAGAAGAAGAAGAAGAAAAACUGAUCGCAUUCCCCCCACCGGUUGAGAUCGAACCCCGCAAGUCAACAACGACUCAAAGCACUGUUUAAUUACUUGCAUAUUUAGAACUAGGUACAUUCGAUAAAUAUUUAUUAUGAAUUAAAGGAAAUUUAUAUUU